AUGUUCCUGCUAGCGUUUGGGCUUUUGCUCUCUCUCCGGGGAGUAAAAGCCGAUACUCAAGUUGAGCAGUCCAUCAGUUCUAUUUGGGAUGACUUCAAAAAUGCAGUGGACUGUGGUGCUUGCCAGGUUCUCCUCGGUAGCAUCAAAGUUACCGCAGGGCUUGGUGAGAAAUUCAUGGUCAAUGUAUUCACCGGGCUGUGCAAAAUCAGCGGGGUCGAGGACCCAGACGUCUGCACCGGGGUCAUCGAUAAAGAAGGACCUGCCCUGCAUGAUGCUUUCAAAGCUUUACACCUCAACUCUGACGCUUCCAAGACGCUAUGCGCCAGUUUGAUCGGCCUUUGCAAGCACCCGGAUGUUCAUUCCCACACUCUAACGUUCCCUUCACCCAAGCCAAAGACUGCAAGGCCACCACCUAGCGGCCAGAAACCGAUCAAGGUCGUCCAUUUCAGCGAUACACAUGUGGACCUCCUCUACGAGCCUGGAUCCAGCUACAAAUGCUCCAAGCCCAUCUGUUGCAGAUCCUGGUCAGAUGAAUAUGCACCGGGGAAUACUGAAUACCCAUGUGGACCAUUUGGAAACACAAAGUGUGACCCGCCACAAAUACUUCAGGAGAGCUUGCAUGCUGCUAUCGCAGACAUCGAUCCGGAGUUCUCCAUUUACACGGGUGAUGUGGUGGCCCACGAUAUCUGGUUGGUUGACAAGGCCGAAGCGCUGAAAGGGCUGAAUGCCACGUACAGUGCAAUGGAAAAUGAUAUCGGCAUUGUGUACGCUGCCAUAGGAAACCAUGACACCGCACCACUCAACCUCUUCCCCCGGAUGCUUCAAGUAAAGCUGAUCCCCAAUGGGCGUACGACGCUCUUGCAGAAGACUGAUCAAUUUGCGUCAUACUCAGCCAUCCAUCCCAACAGCAAUCUGCGCAUCAUCUCUUACAACAGUAAUUUUUACUACAUGUUCAACUUUUACAUGUACCAAGAACCAAUGGACAAAGACCCACGCGGACAAUUUGAAUGGCUCAUCGAGGAACUGCAAGCUGCCGAGGACGCGGGCCAACGCGCAUGGCUAAUCUCUCACAUCCCAUCCGGUACAUCUGAUCACUUCCGCGACCAUUCAGAGUACUUCGACCAGAUUGUGCACCGCUACGAAGCCACCAUUGCAGGAUUGUUCUAUGGCCAUACACACCGGGAUGGGUUCCAGAUCGCAUACUCCGACUACAACAACCGAGACUGGAACACAGCUACUGCAAUGGGUUAUAUCGCUCCAGCAGUGACGCCAACGGAAGGCUCACCGUCUUUCCGCGUCUACGAGAUCGAUCCAGUCACCUUCGGCGUCCUAGAUUACACUCAGUACAUCGCCGACAUCAGCGACCCAUCCUUCCAGACAGAUCCGGAGUGGGUGCCUUAUUACUCCGCCAAGGCAGACUACGGGUCCAGAAUCUCUCCUCCGCUCACCGAUCCCGAAGCCGAGAUUAGUCCUGCUUUCUGGCACAAUGUCACCGUCGCCAUGGAACGAGAUCCGAAUGUUUUCCAAGAUUACUGGGCGAGACGUGUUCGCGGGUUUGAAGUCGAGGACUGCAAUGACGACUGCAUGAAAAAUGAGAUCUGCCUUCUCCGCGCCGCUAAUGCACAGUAUAACUGUGAUAAGCCGAAGGCCUUCGACUUCUCGAAGCGUGAUGGACAGGAGGGGGAUAUCUUGCUAGAGAAGGAGCCUCAUAUUGACUGCGAUCAUGCUGGAAUGGCGACACUGAUCUCGAAGAUGGCGUAUCGGGCUAAACUUGAGCGGAGAAAGGCGCUUGAGGCUUGA